GAGGAUUUAGCGAAUCUAAGUAUUUACAAUCGCGAGUUAAGGAAGAAUUUAACUCUCAAGUGAGAAUUAUUGCUGUGCCUCAGAAUCCCAUUACGGCAAUUGUUCGUGGAGCAGUUGAAUACGGUCUAAAAUUUAGUGCUAUAAAGGACAGGGUAUUAAAGUAUACAUAUGGUGUGUUAAUUUCUCCGAUAUGGACUGAAGGUGAUCCUCCAGAACGGAAAACAGGUAAUAACCGGAUUGAAAUGUUCUUAGAAAUGGCCAAACGUGGAACUCGAGUUGACGUGAACCAAGAGUUUUCCGAGAUAUUAAUUCCCAUUGAUAAAGAUCAAACACAAGCACCGUGUUUUACAUUGUAA